CGGUCCCGCCGCGAGCCCGCCAUGGUCCCGCUGCUGCUGCUGCCGCUGCUGCUGCUGCUGCCCGCCGGCCCGACGCUGGCCACCUCCAACCCCGGCCUCAAGGGCAGGGUGACCCCGAGGGCCCUGGACUACGGCCGGCAGUUCGGGCUGGAGAUGCUGCGGGUGCUGCUGCAGCGGGAGCACGAGCUGAACCUGACGGGCCGGUACCGCCUGCCGCUGCUGGGGGAGCUCGUCUUUGCCGUGCCCCGGGUCCACGUCCACGAGCUGCACAUCAACGACUCGGCCGUGGCCUUCUCGGAGGCCGUGGGCGUGAGGCUGGCGGUGCGGCAGGCGCAGAUCCGGCUCAGCGCCGAGUGGGGAGCCGAGCUGGGGGCAGCGCGUGACGGCGGCACCGUGGAGGUCCGCGCGGGCGACGUGGCCGUGUCGGCGGUGCUGGGGGUGAGCGCGGACGCCGACGGCCGCCCCGCGGUCUGGAGCGCCGGCUGCGACUCCAGCGUCGGCCACCUGCGCCUGGACUUUCGCCGUGGGCAGAGCUGGAUCUACAACCUCCUGGCGCCGGUGCUGCAGGGACCCCUGAGGCUGGAGCUCAACAAGCACCUCUGCCCCGAGCUGCAUCGCGGCAUCCGCAGGCUCGAGGACGUCCUGGGAACCCUGCAAGUGUCCGCCCAGCUCGACCCCGUCGCCGCCAUCGACUACUCGCUGCUGCAGAGGCCGGAGAUCACGGCGGAGCACGGGGACGUCAGCCUCAAGGGGGAGUUCUUCGGGGUGGCCGGGCACCGGCAGAGCCCCUUCUCGGCGGCGCCCGUGCUGCUGCCCGCCGCCCGCGAGCCCAUGCUGCUCCUGGCCGUCACCGACUUCGUCGCCAACUCCGCGGCCUUCGUGUACUUCACGGCCGGCGCGCUGCGCUGGACCGUCACCGGCAGCAUGCUCCCGCGGCGCUUCCCGCUCCGGCUGAGGACCAAGAGCCUGGGGCUCUUCUCCCCGCGGCUGCAGGAGCUUUACCCGGACCAGCCCGUGGAGCUGCGCCUCUCGGCCCGCCGGCAGCCCCUGCUCUCCUGCCGCCCCGACGGCCUGCGCCUGGCCCUCUUCGGCUCCGCAGAGGCCGUCGUGGUCCUGCCCAACGCCACCCGCGUCUCCGCUUUUCUGCUGGACAUUGAUGCCAACGUGACGGGGAAGCCGCUCCUCACCGCGAACAGGAUCGGGGGCUCUGUGAGCCUGGUGGGCCUCAGCGUGACGCAGGUGGAGUCGCACGUGGGGCCGCUGGAGGUGGAGAACCUGGAGAACCUGCUGAACUUGGGGCUGCGGGUGUUCGGGGUGCCCCUGGCGAACCGGAAGCUCCGGGCUGGAUUCCCGCUGCCCACCGGGCACCGCCUCCGCCUGCUCAACCCCCGCGUCACGCUGCAGGAGGGCUUCGCGCUCAUCGCCACGGACCUGCAGUACGAGCCCUGAGACGACACCGCGUGUGACCACGAUGAGCCGGGCCACUGUCCCCACCGAGCCGCCCCACCGAGCCGUGCCACCGCCCUGCCAAGGUGCCCCCGAGCCGUCCCACCGUCCCCGCUGUCCCCCACGGCCAGGCGGGAGCCCGGAGCGUGGGCCCGGCAGCCCCCCGCCUCCCCCGGCGCCUCGGCAGGGAUUAA